AUGUCAACGUACGCGCAAGACGAUAAGUUCCCCCAUCAAAGGGACAAUGAGUCUCCAGAAACACCUGCUGAAGCAUUCCAUCAAGAUUUUAACAAUCAAUACUAUAAUACGAUUAACAGGAUGACGUCCCGUAUGUCUAACGAUGAGCGCACCGUUGCCAUCCACGCCGCUAGAUAUGGUUACGGUCCAUUUGCUCACUUAAAUUUUAAGAAUGAGUUGGUGAACUAUCCUUUUGGUGGUGAAAUGCAACCUGGUUUGUUCAGGAAUGUGCAAGAUCGCAAGAUAGCGAAUCCCGCACCACUGGGCUUGUGCGCUUUCGCUUUAACUACUUUUGUCCUUUCUUUGAUCAAUUUGGGCACCCUGAAUCUAAGUAACACCAACGUGGUGAUUUCUCUUGCAUUUGGUUAUGGUGGUCUUGUUCAAAUUCUUGCCGGCAUGUGGGAAAUGGCAAUCGGCAACACAUUUGGUGCUACAGCAUUUGCAUCCUACGGUGGAUUUUGGGUCUCGUUCGCCAUUCUUUUGACACCUGGAGGAUUUGACAUCAUGAAUACGGUAAGCAAGGCGGAAGGUGAGGCAGGUAUGAUGCAUGCGUUUAGUCUUUUUUUCUUUGGAUGGUUUGUCUUCACCACACUCAUGCUGUUCUGCACAUUAAAAUCCACGAUUGCCUUUUUCUUCCUCUUUUUUACGCUGGACCUAACUUUCCUUUUUGUUGGUCUGGCGUAUCUCUACAAUACAGGGGAGGCACCUCACACGAAUCUGUUACGUUCAGGAGGAGGUUUUGGUAUAUUAGCGGCGUUUGCGUCUUGGUACAACGCAUUCGCCGGUUUGGCCGAUGACACUAACUCAUUCUUUGUUAUUCCUGCUGUUUAUUUCCCAUGGACAGGACGUAAAAGCAAGCAGGAAGCAUCGAAGGCUUGA